CCUUCCAGAGCAAUACAUCUUCUUACUAAUCGAUGAUGGAUCCGGAGAGGUAAAAGUCGGCCAUGUUUCUGGAAUGGCUUCAAGCAUCCCAUGAUGGUAACAUCUGUAGAAAUUGUUGUGGUGAUUAUUCUGGCUGUACGUUUGACAUCUUCCGCGCGUGGUGACCGUAUACGUCAACCCAGGUCUGACGUCACACUGAUCUCAGUUUUAAACUUAGAGAGGAAAUGUGGAAUUGGUCUUCGGAAGUUAAGUCAAUAUGAGAGCUACCAAGUCACAUGGGACGGAGGGGAGAUUGAAGGCAACUGUCAGAAAAAGUUCCUUGCAGAAAACCCGUAUAAUGUUGCAACUCAAUACAAAGUGUGCUUUCGGUUUUUGGCUUAUGACAUUCAAGAUUGUAGAGUGAAAGUGAGAUUCUCUGAGACUUCAUGGAUGUAUUUUAAUUACGUACACGACACAAUGGAAUAUGGCUGUAAAGACAGCAUGCCACUUGACCAAUGGUGUGGUGGUUGGAUUGGUCAAGCCUGGUUUAGCCUUCAUUCAUAUCAAAACUUGCCUGUACGUGGGAACUUCAUAAUUGAAGUUACAGCCAAAGCAGAAACUAACCUAGAGGUGACAGAGUGUAUUGGAAUUGUUGUGGGUGGUGUGGCAGGCAUACUGUUACUAUUCUUUACAUGGGUCUGUAUUGGAGCAAAAUGUCAGAUCGCUAGAAACAACAUGCGUCGUGCACGCCUUAGGGACGUCAUGAAUAUGAGGUCAAUGCGCCAAAAUCGCAUACUACUAGACUCUAGUGCCUCAUUCACAGGAGAAGAACAUUUUACAGCUUCACAUUCACUGCAGCCAUCUGCACCACCCGUACCAACAGAUAUCACUCCUUCGCAAUAUUCUCCACUUCAACCACAAUCUUACAGAGGACAAUCUCCAUCCUCAUUUAGAAUUGGUCGUUCGUCACCCAUAGAUGCAGAUAACAGCACAGAUGACGUAUUGCCCAGCACCAACAUGACUGGCGAUCUACCACCCCCAUAUCACUCAGUUGUCUCAUCAGAACCUGAUCAAACAGAAAACCUGCUGCCCACAGAACAAAGAGAUAUCGCACCUCCUUCCUAUGAUGAUUGCAUGCAAUAUGCCAUAACAUGAAGUAACGAUUAAAUCUUUGUGGAGAGAUAUGCAGUUGUUGACAAAAGGAAGCUUCUCAAUACGAUGAUAUCACUUACCUAUAUCACUAAAUAGUUCCAUACCGGUAAUUGAUGUAGGUCUAUAGACUUGGAUUGUGUCUGUCUGUCCUUCUGUCCACUUUCUUGUCCAGACUUUCACUUACCUAUAUCACUAAAUAGUUCCAUACCGGUAAUUGAUGUAGGUCUAUAGACUUGGAUUGUGUCUGUCCGUCCUUCUGUCCACUUUCUUGUCCAGACUUUCACUUACCUAUAUCACUAAAUAGUUCCAUACCGGUAAUUGAUGUAGGUCUAUAGACUUGUAUUGUGUCUGUCCGUCCUUCUGUCCACUUUCUUGUCCAGACUUUCACUUACCUAUAUCACUAAAUAGUUCCAUACCGGUAAUUGAUGUAGGUCUAUAGACUUGUAUUGUGUCUGUCCGUCCUUCUGUCCACUUUCUUGUCCAGACUUUCACUUACCUAUAUCACUAAAUAGUUCCAUACCGGUAAUUGAUGUAGGUCUAUAGACUUGGAUUGUGUCUGUCCAUCCUUCUGUCCACUUUCUUGUCCAGACUUUCACUUACCUAUAUCACUAAAUAGUUCCAUACCGGUAAUUGAUGUAGGUCUAUAGACUUGGAUUGUGUCUGUCCGUCCUUCUGUCCACUUUCUUGUCCAGACUUUCACUUACCUAUAUCACUAAAUAGUUCCAUACCGGUAAUUGAUGUAGGUCUAUAGACUUGUAUUGUGUCUGUCCAUCCUUCUGUCCACUUUCUUGUCCAGACUUUCACUUACCUAUAUCACUAAAUAGUUCCAUACCGGUAAUUGAUGUAGGUCUAUAGACUUGGAUUGUGUCUGUCCAUCCUUCUGUCCACUUUCUUGUCCAGACUUUCACUUACCUAUAUCACUAAAUAGUUCCAUACCAGUAAUUGAUGUAGGUCUAUAGACUUGGAUUGUGUCUGUCAGUCCUUCUGUCCACUUUCUUGUCCAGACUUUCACUUACCUAUAUCACUAAAUAGUUCCAUACCGGUAAUUGAUGUAGGUCUAUAGACUUGGAUUGUGUCUGUCCGUCCUUCUGUCCACUUUCUUGUCCAGACUUUCACUUACCUAUAUCACUAAAUAGUUCCAUACCAGUAAUUGAUGUAGGUCUAUAGACUUGGAUUGUGUCUGUCCGUCCUUCUGUCCACUUUCUUGUCCAGACUUUGCUACACUACUUAUCACUGGAACUUCUUACAUGGAUCCAGAUUUCUUCAUGUUGUUGAGGUGAGGUGCCACUUUGACCUACAUUGUGACCUUUGAUCUACUUUAAAAAAAAGAGUUGUCUGGGCUCUAUCUCCUCAUACGUAGGAUAUGGUAAAGAUGACCAUGACAAUGUCUGGCAACAUCAAAAAAUGCAUGAUGUGUCUUAAGCUUGUCAGUUACUUCCUGAUGUUUCUGAACACCCCACGCCUUCUUGUUAGCUAACACAGAGGACUGACACAUCCAUUUCUGCAGAUCUUAAACAUACAUGGGUAUCUUGGGGGCUAUGUCAUUCUCCCCUCGACCAAAAUUCAACAGUAAGCUCAAAUGACGAGUAGCUUGUUGAAUUGUGUCUGUUCUGUGAUGUGACAUAUAUAAUGUACCUAGGUACAUGUUAAAAUUAAACUGUCUCUCUGAGGUACUAACAAGUGUGUACCUACAUUUUCAAAAUCAUAAUGAAAUUGCUUUUUAUAUUAAGACUCGACUUUUAUCAACACACUGCUUAUCUAAUAUAUGUGUUGAGUUUAAAUUUUACUAUUGAUAUGUGCUGAUAAGUACAAUCAGUUAUUGUGUUUGAAAGACUUGAUCAGCAAUCAUUGUAUUGUAAUUCUCAGCAUAAUUCAGGGGACUCGAAGAAAUCUGUCAGAGUUUGAUUUGACACAGUGUGUUGUUUAGAAUCUGUGUGAGGUGUGAAAGUGUUUAUUAUUUAUGAAAUAAAUGUGCUUAAAGUGAA